UAAUUUCUCCACACAACUUUUUUUUGUCAGAAAACUCAUUCUCUCCUCUACACUGAAAGAAAGAGAAAGACAUUGGAGAAGGGUUAAAACGGGAAAGAGUGAAAGUAAAGUCACGUCGGUCCGUUUUGGUCUUGAGAGAGACAGUAAGUGAAGGAGUGAAGCCUAAGGGAAGAUAAAGAGAAUAAGGUUGUUGUCGUUGCAGUUAAGCUCUCUCCUCUCGCCAAAUCUUUUCUAUAUUCCAUUUCUACCCCUCGUCUCUUUCUCUCCAAAACACACAUCAUCUAACCAACACUUGUCUGCUGCAAACUCUCAAACCUUUCUGCUUCUUCACUCUCUCUUCUUUCUUGAUUUCAAGAUCACUCCCUUCUUCCUUUCUUUCAUCAAUGGAGUCUGAUGAUUGCUCUGUUAAGGUUGCUGUUCACAUCAGACCGCUCAUCGGCGAUGAACGGCUUCAAGGUUGUAAAGAUUGUGUCACUGUCGUUUCUGGUAAACCACAGGUACAAAUUGGAUCACAUUCUUUUACUUUUGAUCAUGUAUAUGGAAGCACUGGUACUCCAUCUACUGAAAUGUAUCAAGAAUGUGCUGCACCGCUAGUUGAUGGUUUAUUCCAAGGCUACAACGCUACGGUUCUUGCCUAUGGACAGACUGGUUCAGGUAAAACAUACACAAUGGGUACUGGCUGUGGAGACACCAGCCAAACAGGAAUCGUACCUCAAGUUAUGAACGCUCUCUUCACCAAGAUUGAGACUCUCAAGGAUCAGAUCGAGUUUCAAAUCCAUGUUUCUUUCAUCGAGAUUCAUAAAGAAGAGGUGCAAGAUUUGUUGGAUCCUUCUACUGUUAACAAAUCGGAUACUAAUGGUAAUGGCAAGGUAGCACAUGUCCCUGGGAAGCCACCAAUACAGAUCAGAGAAUCAUCAAAUGGUGUCAUCACAUUAGCAGGAUCCACGGAAGUAAGUGUCAGUACUCUCAAAGAGAUGGCUGCUUGCCUUGACCAAGGCUCAGUCAGCAGAGCAACCGGUAGUACCAACAUGAACAAUCAGUCCAGUCGUUCACAUGCCAUUUUCACUAUCACUGUGGAGCAAAUGCGCAAGAUUACCACAGAUUCUCCAGAAAAUGGCACUUGCAAUGGGAGCUUGAAAGAAGAGUAUCUAUGUGCCAAGCUGCACUUAGUAGACCUUGCUGGUUCAGAACGAGCCAAAAGAACUGGCUCUGACGGUAUGAGAUUUAAAGAAGGAGUUCACAUAAACAAAGGCCUCCUUGCGCUAGGCAAUGUAAUCAGUGCGCUUGGAGAUGAGAAAAAGCGUAAAGACGGUGCUCAUGUUCCUUACAGAGACAGUAAACUUACACGGCUUUUGCAGGAUUCUCUUGGUGGCAACAGCAGAACUGUGAUGAUAGCUUGCAUCAGUCCUGCAGAUAUAAAUGCUGAGGAAACACUUAACACACUCAAAUAUGCAAACCGUGCUCGGAACAUCCGGAACAAACCUAUUGUUAAUAGAGAUCCUGUGUCAAGUGAGAUGAUAAAGAUGCGCCAACAGCUAGAAUACUUACAGGCAGAGCUCUCCUUACGAAAUGGAGGGACCUCAUGUGCAGAACUCCAGGCUCUCAAGGAAAGGAUUGCUAGUCUUGAAACUACUAAUGAAGACCUUUGCCGUGAACUCCAUCAGUACAGAAGCAGAUAUGCUGGUGUAGAGCAUUCUGAAAAAGACUUUAAAGACAUACAAGCUGAUGAAAUCGUCGGUUCUGUAAGACCUGAUGGGCUGAAAAGGAGCUUGCACAGUAUAGAGUCAUCUAACUAUCCCAUGGUUGAAGCCACAAUAGGUGAUUCAAGGGAAAUAGAUGAAGAGGCAAAGGAGUGGGAGCACAAACUCUUGCAGAACAGUAUGGACAAAGAGUUGCAUGAACUGAACCGUCGUCUGGAGGAAAAAGAGUCUGAGAUGAAGCUGUUUGACGGCUAUGAUCCGGCUGCGCUAAAGCAACAUUUUGGGAAGAAAAUUGCAGAGGUGGAGGAUGAAAAGAGAGCUGUUCAGGAAGAGAGAAACCGUUUGUUGGCUGAGAUUGAGAACCUUGCUUCUGAUGGUCAAGCGCAGAAGCUGCAAGAUGUGCAUGCUCAGAAUCUGAAAUCACUAGAAGCACAGAUUCAAGACCUUAAAAAAAAGCAAGAGAGCCAAGUUCAGCUGCUGAAGCAGAAACAAAAGAGUGAUGAUGCAGCUAGGAGAUUACAGGAAGAGAUUCAAUCCAUCAAGGCACAAAAGGUGCAGCUGCAGCACAGAAUGAAACAAGAAGCAGAACAGUUUAGACAGUGGAAAGCCUCCAGGGAGAAGGAACUUUUGCAGUUGCGGAAAGAAGGCAGAAAGAGCGAGUAUGAAAGGCAUAAGCUACAAGCUUUGAAUCAGCGCCAGAAAAUGGUUCUUCAGAGGAAGACAGAAGAGGCUGCAAUGGCUACCAAGAGGUUAAAAGAGUUGUUAGAAGCUCGAAAAUGUUCUCCUCGUGAACACUCAGGUGGUACUAAUGGCUUUGGAACAAAUGGUCAGGUGAGAAUUGACACCAUAGUCCUUUUUUUUUGUUUAUAUCAUUGUGAUUCUUUAGAAAAUCUAAUUCAGUUCAUACUCUUUUACACCAAUGAGAAGGCGUUGCAGCGAUGGCUAGACCAUGAGCUAGAAGUCAUGGUGAAUGUCCAUGAAGUGCGUCAUGAGUACGAGAAACAAAGCCAUGUACGAGCUGCUCUGGCGGAAGAGUUGUCUGUGUUAAGACAAGUAGAUGAGUUUGCAGCGAAAGGCUUAAGUCCUCCGAGAGGAAAGAAUGGCGGCUUCGCUAGGGCAUCAUCGUUGUCACCUACUGCAAGGAUGGCUCGUAUAUCUUCACUAGAGAACAUGCUGGGGAUAUCUUCUAACUCUCUAGUGGCGAUGGCCUCGCAGCUUUCUGAGGCAGAAGAAAGGGAGCGUGCUUUCACAAGCCGUGGCCGGUGGAACCAGCUGAGAUCAAUGGGAGAGGCGAAGAACUUGCUUCAGUACAUGUUCAACUCUCUUGCGGAAACAAGGUGCCAAGUGUGGGAGAAGGAUGUUGAAAUAAAAGAAAUGAAAGAUCAGUUCAAAGAGAUUGUUGGUCUUCUGAGGCAGAGUGAGCUGAGAAGGAAAGAAGCAGAAAAGGAGCUUAAGUUAAGAGAGCAAGAACUUGCAACUUCUUUAGCUUCAUCUCCACUUGGAACCCCACCGAGUUCAGUGAAACAUUUAGCUGAAGGGAUGAACAACACACCUUCUCCAAUGACUGUACCAGCACAGAAGCAGCUCAAGUUUACACCAGGGAUUGCUAACGGGAAAGUGAGAGACUCGGCUGCAUUUAUCAAUGCAAACAAGAAGAUGGUACCAAUAGGACAAGUAUCAAUGAGGAAACUAUCAGCAGUUGGACAACAGAGUGGGAAGCUUUGGAGGUGGAAGAGAAGUCAUCACCAGUGGAUCGUUCAGUUCAAAUGGAAGUGGCAAAAGCCAUGGAGGCUCUCUGAGUGGAUUAGGCACAGCGACGAAACACUUCUCAAAGCAAAACCAAGACACAAGGCUCUCCCUAAUAAGAUCACUAAUAAGAUCAUGUGAUCAAGUAACAACUCUAUCUACUACCUAUGAGUAUUGAGACUUUUUAUGGAAAGGUUCAUACGACUGGGUGCAGAGACUGGACUUGGCGUGUGUGUGAAGAAAACUCUUUAACGUUGUGUGUGAUAUUGCGUGUGUGUACCGUAUUAAGGAAAAGCACCAGGACAAGAGGGUGGGUGUGUUAGGUAACAGAUAGAAGACGGCUUUUUUUAGGAGUUUUUAUUUCAUGUUCAUAGAAUUGACAUCUUAUACAUCAUUAAAAAAAAGCUCAUUGAGGAAAUAAAACCUCAUAUCUUCAAGUUUGCAGAUAUUAUUUGUAUGAAGAAGACUUUUGCCAGUUUAUUUGUUCUUUUGGUUUUGUUGUAAAUGAUAAAAAUAUAUUGUUCACUUCA